AUGAGCCAUGCUCGCGCCCAUGGCCAACAGCACUGCUUUUCUUUCAGAGGAUACGACGGGGAAUCGGACCUUCACGUUGGAAUAACCAACAGUCACGGCGUGGUGUAUAAUUACAAUGAAGAGGGCAUUCACAGAGCUGACACUGGAUGGGAACAGUGCAUUAGUAUCCCACUAGUACAGCCAGACAUGUUUGGGCUUCUUCAGGAGUGGGAUAAGCUCCUAGAGGAAUUUUCUGUGGGAGAGGCCUGGCUUCCUCACAGGUAUGAAGAACACGACCACAACUGCUACACAUACGCACUGGCAUUCAUUAACAGUGUACUGACUGCACAAGGGAAACAGCAAAUGAGCAAAAGUGAAUUUACAGAGAAAUUUGUGAUCCCACAGACAAAGAAAGCUUCCAAAUACCUUACUCUGCAUCAGGAGCUAACAGCUAACGAUUUCUACAUUGUACCCCUUCCUGACCAAGAAAAACAGUGUUGA